AUGAAUAUUCAUACAUCUAAUAUAAUAUAUGUUGGUAAUAUUCAAUCAAUUGAUGAUAAUACAUUACGUGAAUAUUUUCAACGUUUUGGAGAAAUCGAAGCAUUAUUUCAUAAUUGUUCACGUGCUGUUGAUGAAUGGUUAAUUGAUUAUCGUUUUAUACGUUUUUCAUCUGAUACAGAUAUAAAUGUAUUUUUAACAAAUAAAAUUGAUCAUACAAUAUGUCGUAUUCGUCUUGAUAUUCAUUCAUAUGAUGCAGUUUUUAAUGAUGAUACACGUUUAACAUUAGAUAGGAAAAUAUGUAUUGCUCAUACAAAUCCUAAACUCGAUCGAAAUAUAAUUAAAAAAGCAUUUACUCGAUAUGGACGAAUAUUAAAUUGUACAUGUGUAUCGUCCGGUAAUGGUGUCGAAUAUGUUUAUAUUGAAUUUGAUUCAAUUAAUUCAGUUCGAUCGAUAUUUUCAUCUAGUCAAAAUCAUUUUGCUGGUCGAACAUCACUUGCAGUUAAACAGCCAUUACGACCUUCACAAGUUGGAAUUAAAUUAGAAUCCAAUCAAAUGUCAAUGAAUAUGAAUGCUGGCCAACGAAAAGAUAAUAUUAAAACAUUCAAAUAUUCUUAUCCUGAACCAAGAAUUGAUAUAACACGAAACUUAUCUUCAACUUCAUAUCAAUCAAUAUCUAGUACAACUAUUUUAAGUUCUAAUCAUUCACAAAAUCAAAAUUUAUCAGAAUCAAAUACUACAUCUACACCAUCGCAAUCAACCAGGUAG